CGUGACUCCUGCGUCUGUAACCGCCCGCCCAGCAGCAGACACAACAGCUGACUGGAGACCUCUGCAACAGCCGAGGACAUGAUGAACACCCUCAGGCUGACCUUCUUCAUCCCCUUGCUAUCCAGCUCGUUGGUCUGGAGUGGAUACCUGGAAUAUAAUCAAGAUGUCUUGACACCAGAGGACUGGACUCAUGUUGGUCGGGUCAAGCCAAAAGAGGAGCUGGAGCUGACCUUUGCCCUCAAGCAGCAGAACGUCGACCUGCUGGAGGAAACACUCAGACUUGUGUCAGACCCCGACUCAGCUCAAUAUGGUAAACACCUCCACCUGGAGGAAGUAGCCUCCCUCGUGCGUCCAUCUGAACUGACCCAGAAGGUGGUGCGUCACUGGCUGCAGAGUCAUGGCAUUACAAACUGCCAGACUGUUAUUACUCACGAUUUUUUACAGUGCACCAUGACUGCAAAGGUCGCAGAGACACUGCUUCCAGGUAGCAAAUUCCAUCGUUAUGCCAGAGACAGCCAUACUGUAGUGAGGUCUUCAGCUCCGUACUCUGUUCAUGAUGAUAUUCACCAGCAUCUCGACUUUGUUGGAGGGCUUCACCGCUUUCCUCCUAAAGGUCAGGACCCCAGCAAAGCCUCAUCCGACAGGAAGCAAAAGCAGCCUGAGGCCGGGAUACACCUGGGAGUGACUCCUGCCAUCUUGAGGGCCCGCUAUAACCUAUCAGCAACUGAUGUGGGAAAAGCUCAGAACAACAGCCAGGCUGUCGCUCAGUUCUUGGAGCAGUACUACAGCCCUGCAGACUUGGCUGAGUUCAUGAUGAUGUUUGGUCGGAGCUUCCAGCAUCUGUCUCAGGUGGACCGGGUUGUAGGUACCCAGGGAGCAGGAAAGGCCGGUCUGGAGGCCAGUCUGGAUGUGGAGUACAUCAUGAGCACAGGGGCUAACGUCUCCACGUGGGUCUUCACUAAUCCAGGUCGUCAUGAGUCCCAGGAGCCUUUCCUCCAGUGGAUGGUUCUGCUCAGCAACAUGUCUGACCUGCCCUGGGUUCACACCAUCAGCUACGGGGACGAUGAGGACAGUCUGUCUACUGCCUACAUGAUGCGCAUCAACACAGAGUUCAUGAAGGCUGGCGUCAGGGGCAUCUCUUUGCUCUUUGCUUCUGGUGACAGUGGUGCUGGCUGUAAGCAUUUGGGUAAAGGGCAAAACUCUUUCAGGCCCAGUUUUCCUGCCUCAAGCCCCUAUGUGACUACAGUAGGAGGAACCUCAUUCAAGAAUCCGUUUAAAGUGACGUAUGAAAUUACAGAUUACAUCAGUGGAGGAGGCUUCAGCAACGUCUUCAAGAUGCCAGACUAUCAGGUCAGUGCAGUGGACAGCUAUCUGAAGACGGUAGCAACAUCCCUCCCACCUCAGGUGUACUUCAAUAUCAGCGGCAGGGCCUAUCCAGACAUGGCUGCCCUGUCUGAUAAUUACUGGGUGGUCAUCAACAGAGUACCUGUCCCCUGGGUUUCAGGGACUUCGGCGUCAACCCCGGUGGUUGGCGGCAUGCUGUCUCUCAUUAAUGAUCAGCGGCUGCUUAAGGGCCUGCCCGCCCUGGGCUUCCUCAACCCUCGUCUCUACAAGCUCAAGGGACAGGCUCUAUUCGAUGUGACUGAAGGUUGUCACGAGGGCUGCCUGGACGAGCAAGUUCAGGGAGAGGGUUUCUGUGCUGCACCAUUGUGGGAUCCGGUGACCGGCUGGGGAACACCAAACUACCCUGAACUGCUGGCUGUGCUUCUGGCUGAUUGACGGUCCCCAAUUCCUGAAAGUUAAACAGUCAGGGCAGCUUCUACCCUGAGAGCAGGUAUUAGACACAUCCUGACCAGGCGCCGGAUGCCGAAGGCAGGAUGCUGACAUGGAGGGAAAAUGAUGCCUACACUCUAAAUUUAUGCCUUUUUGUUUUAUUCAGAUGUUCGUUUGAGAUUGAAACAUUGCAUUAUUAACAGUCUGCAGGAAUCUGUCAUCAUCUAUUCUGUCCAUUUAAGGAUAAAUUCUCUAUCAUACCAAUUUUUUCCUCCAAAAGGCUUAAAACUUGUUCAAAUAUUUUUAGAUCAGGGUUAGUGGUGGGAUUUUUAUUGCUUCACUGCAGUUGCCUAUUUCUGCUGUUCACUGAAUUUUAUCUGACCCAGAUUUUUCUGUGAAUCUCUUACACAUGAACUUGCAGGCAGAUGGCUGUUAACAGUAAUCUUGUGCUCUCAAAUCAUGCUGCUAACUAUAUAGCAAUGAGAAGCUUGGAUAAACUGGUUGCUAUGCAUACAACUUAAAAUAAUGCUGAAAUACACACACCAAUCACCUUAGAUGUACACAAAGGUCUAUUUGGAUGUUUUAUAUACUGAACAAAAAUAUAAACGCAACGCUUUUGUUUUGGCUCUCAUUUUUCAUGAGUUGAAAUAAAAGAUCUAAGACUUUUU